UCCUCCAAUUGAUGCUGAGACUCUACAAUCAGAAUGUCGAUUAACAGAACAACAGUUCAUGUAGAUUUGGCUGCAGAAGUUAUCAGAAAAUGGAAGGAGACCUAUCAAUGGAUCCCUAUUUUUGGUGCCAUUGCUGCAACUUCUAUGUCAUUUUCAGUUGGUGCAAACAAUCUUCCAGCACCGUUCUCAACGGCAGUAGGGUCAGGGGCGAUAACACUAUUACAGGCCUCAAUAAUGGCUUGUCUAAUUUAUGUUCCUGGGGCAGCCUUUGCAAGCAGCAGUACUGUUAAUGAUUUAUUCUCUGAUUUCAUAAAAGAAAAGCAACCCAAUGAAGGUUUCUUGAUGUGGAGUAUGGUAGUUGUUCUCAUCACUGCAACACUCUGGAUCGCACUUGCAACACGGUUUGAGUUACCAGUUUCAUCUCAGCAAUCAACACAAGGUGCCCUGUUAGGAACCAUGAUUGUCACUGAAGGUUUUAGCUUCAUACCUUUGUGGAACAAGAAUGAAAAUCACAAUUUCAACGGUGGGGGACUCCUUUGGAUUUUUCUUGAAUGGACCGUCGCUCCAUCAAUAGCUUGUGCAUUAGCCUUUUGCCUCUUUGCCAUCUUAAAGGCGUGUUUGCUUCGCCAUGAAAAUGCCAAGAAAAGAAUCCUCAUUUUUCUCCCCAUUUACUAUGGGAUAGCUGCAGGAUUGCUUUGCCUCUUUGUCGUGUAUGAGGUUGUACCGAAUUUCGUAAUUGUAUAUAAAUGGAUCACUGUAAUUACUAUUUUACUAGCCACCUUGAUUGGAGCCUUAUUAUCACUGGUUGUGGUGGUUCCCUGGGCUAGAAAAAGGUUUGACACUGCUAGAACUUUGAAAAACAAGAAGAAGAAAAAUUCAGUGAAGCAACAAUGUAUAGAAAUCCAAGAUCAAGCAAGUGAUACAAAGACGGAAGAUGAUGAUGAUGAUGAUGAUGAUGUUGAAGAUGCCUUGAAAGAUUUCAUGCAGAUGAGAGUCCUUGAUACAGUCUAUGAAGAGGACGAACGAAGCUGCCCUUCACCAGAGAAAAUUACAAAAUCCAAAAAUGCUCAACCGGUUUCUGAGUCUACUACGGAGCAAUCAACUCCACUUAGACAGCUUCUCACUCCCGUGUCCACACCCAUGCCAAACCACUUGGUGCAAUCAAGAAACUUUCAAAAGAUUGAGAAAACAACAGCGAAAGAGAAUGCCUUUAAUUUCAUCAGAGGUCUUACAAAAUCCUCCAUUUUCCCUGUUAUUGAGCAUGACAGACAGACACUAAUUCGCCACGAUCUAGCAGAAAAGUUUGAUGACAUGGAGGACUUCUUUAUUUUUCCACAACUUCUAGCAUCGUGCACCUUUGCACUUAUACAAUCUGCUAACGAAAUUGCUGCUAUUAUGAGUCCAUUUGGAGCUAUUGAAGAUGUUUUCAGACACAGAGAGAAGUAUUCCGGAAAUGGGGAAGAUGUGGGCCAUUUACAUGUCAGUUGGUGGUUUAGAGCAAUCGGUGGACUUAGUGCCUCGUUGGGAUUCUUUCUAUGUGGAUGGCGGCUAACUCACUGCCUCGGAGGCAAGCUGACAUAUAUAAGUAACUCACGAGGGAUGGCAUCACAAUUGUCUACAGUUGCAACAAUGAUAAUGGUGAAUAAAAUGAAGAUUCCAGUAUCAAGUGUCCAUACUUUUGUUGGAUCUCUAGCAGGAGUUGGUAUUGCAGACGAUCCCCAGAAUGUGAACUGGAAGCUCCUAAUGAAGUUCCUUAGUGGAUGGGUGAUUACUAUACUGUUCUGCUCUUCAGUUGCUUAUGCGUUGUACUCCUUCACAAUGCACUCCCCUGCCUAUGUAGUACCCUGAUGAUCGUACCUACCAUCAGCCUAGUUAUUCUUCAGUUUGUUAAUAAUUUAUCUUAUUUAGAAAAAUUACAUUGUUUAGGUAAAUUUUCUGCAGAUAGUUACCCUUUUUUGUUUAUUCAACUGUGUGUCUCUUGUCAUAGCCUGUGAAAAUUCUUGAAAUUACUAAUCAAAAGCUAUAUUUUGGAGUUUGGACAAUAAUACCCUUUUCGGUGACCAAUUACAUGAACUAAGGGUGGUCAUUGGUAUAGCGCUAAAGUAAUUACGUUAUGACUUGGGCGUUAUGGAUUUGAAACAUGAAAACAGUCUCUUU